UGGUUCUACGCGUCUCUGCUCCAUUUGUUUGCCUAUUCCGAAGAGAAUGGCCGUAAAUACUGAAAAUCCCGGGUUUUGUCGCUCAAGAUUGGAGGAGCUACUUAAGAAAAGGUUCUUUUACUGCCCAUCCUAUGAAAUAUACGGAGGAGUUUCUGGUUUGUAUGAUUAUGGGCCGCCUGGAAUGGCAUUAGAACAAAAUAUCUUGAAUGUCUGGAGAAAACACUUUGUAUAUGAGGAGAAUAUGCUUGAAAUUGGUACAAGCAUUGUUACGCCGCAUGAAGUUCUUGAAACAAGCGGACAUGUUAGUAAAUUUCGUGAUUGGAUGUGUAAAGACCCCUCAACAGGGGAAGUAUUUCGUGCAGACCAUAUAAUCAAGGAGAUCCUGCUUAGCAGGAUCAAAAAGAGAGUUGAAUCAGGUUUAGAAGGGGAGAAAGUAGAAGGAGGAGCUUCUGGAACGAAAUUUGAUACAUUAGAUGAAUCAUUGAGUCGAAUAAGAGAGUAUGAAGAUAUUAUUUCUAGGAUUGAUGGGUAUGAUGGGGAGGGACUUUCUAGAGUGAUAGAAGAGUAUGAUAUUCGAAAUCCGGCAACAAAUGUUAGGAUGGAGGGACCAGUUGGGUUUAAUCUUAUGUUUGCAACAGAAAUAGGGCCUAAAGGGAAUAUGACAGGAUAUUUACGUCCAGAGACGGCCCAAGGACAAUUCCUGAACUUUAAUAAGCUUUUAGAGUUUAACAAUGGCAAAAUGCCAUUUGCAUCAGUGGUUGUAGGUAAAAGUUUUAGAAAUGAGAUUAGUCCAAGGAGUGGACUAUUACGGAUGAGGGAAUUUACAAUGGCAGAGAUUGAGCACUAUGUAGAUCCUUUGAAUAAGGAUCAUAGACGAUUUAAUGAGGUAGAAAAUGUCAAAAUGAAAUUCUUAACAAGGGAAAUACAAAUGUCUGGUAAAGAAGAGGUUAUAGAGAUGAAGAUUGGAGAAGCAGUAGCAAGAGGUAUCUUAGAGAAUACUACAUUGGCAUAUUUUCUUGCACGAAUACAUUUAUUCUUGAUUAGGAUUGGAAUGAACAAGGAAAAGCUUAGAUUUAGACAACAUAUGAAUAAUGAAAUGGCACAUUAUGCUAGUGAUUGCUGGGAUGCGGAAUUGCUAACGUCAUAUGGAUGGAUUGAGUGUGUUGGAUGUGCAGACCGUGCAGCAUAUGAUUUGACAGUUCAUUCAGAGAAGACAAAGGAAAAACUUGUUGUUAGGGAGCUUUUACCGAAGCCUAUGGAGGUUACAGAAUGGGUUGUUAAUGUAGAUAAGAAAAAGAUUGGUCCUUUGUUUAAAAAAGAUUUAAAAGUUGUUGAACAAGCUAUUUCUAGUUGGAGUAAUGAAGAUAAAAUAAGAUAUCGUGAUCAAGCAGCAUCAGAAGGUAGAAUUGUAGUUAAAGUAGAGGAUGGAAGAGAAUUUGAAAUUCCAUCAUCAUUAUUUACAAUUGAACAAGUUAAAAAGACAAUUAGCGUUCGCGAGUAUAUUCCUAAUGUAAUUGAACCUUCUUUUGGUAUUGGAAGGAUUUUAUAUUCUCUUAUUGAACAUUCUUAUUGGAUAAGAUCUGAUGAUGUUGACCGUUGUGUUCUUUCUUUUCCACCUAUAGUUGCACCUGUCAAAUGUUUAUUAGUUCCAUUAAGUAAUAAUUCUGCAUUUGAUCCUAUUAUUGAUAAAUUAUCAUUUGAAUUGCGUCAACUUGGGAUAUCUCACAAAGUUGAUGAUUCUUCUGCUGCAAUUGGUAGACGAUAUUCAAGAAAUGAUGAAUUAGGUACACCAUUUGGAAUAACAGUUGAUUUCCAAACAGUAAAUGAUGGAAGUUUAACCCUUAGAGAACGAGAUACAACAAGACAAAUAAGAGCAUCAGAAAAAGAAAUAUUGAGAGUCAUUAAAGAGCUUUCAGAAGGAUUAAUAUCAUGGGAUGAUGUUUUGAAAGAUUUUCCCAUAUUUAAUAAGCAAAUUACAGAUAUUCCUGAAAUAACUGAUCUCUAUAUAAGAGAAUGAAUUGAAUUCGAUAUGAAUGAAUUGAAUUAUCUUGAUUAUUCUUCAC